CAACAUCAACUUCGUAACACCCUUCAACGUGAAACAGCAGAACGGCGACGUGAAGAGGUGUUAAGCAGAGAACACCAAAGAGCUCAAAGAAUUCAGGAUAUUGGCGAUAAAUUAGAUAUAAUGUGUGAAGAAAGAGAUGAUAAUGAAGAGAUGAAAUAUCAAAGAUCAAUUUUAGAAAAGUGUCCAAGUUUGCGUAGGUGUUAUACAUAUGAACGGCCAUUUAGCGAACGAGG